CUGCAGUGCUCCAGUAUUGCCAUGAUUGCAAGGCUCGGCCUGGGUUUUUGUGCCUCGGAAAUGGGAUCAAUAUGGAGAACCACCAGAGCUCUUUGCUCACCUCACCAUAGCUCUAGGAUAGGACUUUUGAGAAUGUCCACCCAAGAGUUACUGAAAGUGGACAUCAUCAAUGAAAAGCAAGGCGUUGGCGAGAUCUGCAUGCAAAAGAGCCCAGUGAACAGCCUGGACCGGGCCAUGCUGACUGGCCUGGUAGACAGCAUCUCUCGCCUUGAACGUGAUGGCUGCCGUGCCCUGCUCAUCACCUCGGGCGUGCGUGGUAUCUUUUCGGCCGGCCUCAACCUCCUGGACCUGUACGACCAGCAGAAGGGGGACCUGCUGCAGUACUGGGGCAUGGUGCAGGAGAUGUUCCUCCGGCUCUACGGCACCAGCAUGCUCACCGUCGCCUGCAUUACGGGGGCGGCGCCGGCGGCCGGCUGCCUCAUCUCGACGUCCUGCGACUACAGGCUGAUGCUGGACCAGCCGAAGACAGAAUGA